UUGUCUUGAUUGUUCCAAACAGAGAUCUACCGAGUUCUGCCUCGCUUCUGUUCAGAUUAAAUACGGUUGAUCACAGCAACCCACUUAAUUGAGGUCUCAACGAUGCAUCUGCUCCAACUGUUCACUGCCCUCGUGCUGGGAACAUCUCUGGGGUGUGCAGCAGCUUCUGAAGAAUUCAGACCUGAAGCAAACACGUGUCCACAGGUGAUCACAUGUGGUAAUCCAGGGCUCAAUGGUUUGCCAGGCAGAGAUGGCAGGGAUGGUGCCAAAGGAGAGAAAGGAGACCAAGGGGUCGGCGUGAGAGGCCAACAGGGUUUCCCUGGAAAGGCUGGACCUCCGGGCCCAGUGGGUGAAAGGGGAGAAGCAGGAGUUCAAGGUCAAAAAGGAGAAAAAGGAGAAACACCAGCCACUGACAUCUUCCAGCAGCAAAUAUAUGCUCUGGAAUCCAGAUUCCAGGAGCUUCAUGAUGAAUGUAACAAUUACAAACAAGCGGUGCUACUGCAGGGGAUGACAGUCGGACAGAAGACUUUCAUUUCAACCCACCAGCACGACACUUUUGCUAACGGCAGAGCCCGGUGUGCGAAAGCUGGAGCAGCCCUGGCUUGCCCCAUGAAUGCCGACGAGAAUGCCGCUGUUCAGGAACUAGCAAAGAGAGGUGCCAAGUUUGCGUUCCUCAAUGUAAAUGACCUCCAGACAGAGGGCCUCUUUGUAUAUGAAAACGGAAAGGCAUUAGGGUACACCAACUGGAAAAAAGGAGAGCCCAAUAACUACGGAGGAAAUGAGGACUGUGUUGUUAUCAUACCCGAAAAUGCACAGUGGAAUGACUUUAACUGUGAGCAGAGAGGUCUAAUUAUUUGUGAAUUCUGACCUGAGCGACAUUUCAG